UGAUUCCUCUUGCUCGGUCAGUGCUGUGCGCUACCUCUAGCAGUGUGCUUCGCGUGUGUGCCGCGUAUCGCGUCGAGUGUUUUGCUUGCAGUGACCAAAUACCACACUCACUCACUCUCAUACACACAGCCACCCACCCAUGCUGGUGAGGGCGCAAAUGCAGGGGGAGGGUGUAGAACGUGGUAGAAUUUUGUGAAUUGCAAUCGCCCGCUGGCAGGAAAUCAAUCGGCCGAUGAUGUUUACUACGUGAACUGUUGUUUGGUGGCUGUUUGAUUAUAAAGUGUACAGUGAAACGAUGCGUGUGCAUAAGUGUGUGUGUGUUUGUGUUUAUGUAUCGUGAGUUUGUAAAUAUAGUAGUAGUCCAGCAGAGCAGCAGCAGCAAUCCACCAACACCCCCCUCUCCUCUAUAGGCUGUUCUUCUCCGGUGCAAUAGUGUGCAAUUGUAAAUACAAACGCGACUCUUCUUCUCCAACCAACAGUGCAAUAGAGGUGACAGUUGUAAUCGUGCCCAAGCAGCACUAAAUGGUUCGAUGCAGUGCUUGCGCGUGUGUGCGUUAUCGCUCCUUGAAGUGUAGGAGUGCGUGUCACAGUGUAUAAGUGCGGCCAGAGUGCGUGAUGUGAUUAGGUGCAACGGGGAGGUUUUUUUUGUUUCUUCAUUAAUAACAAAAAAAAAUAAGAUCAGUUCUUAAGUUAUGUGACACACCUCGCGCACCUGUUUCCGCUUUGGCUUAUUGUUUCGUUGCCAAGCGUGUGUGUAUGUGUGGGGUGCGAGCGUUUUGUUGUGUAUGCAUCAGGUGAAUGUGGUGUCGUCGCGUCGGUGCCGUUGUUGUGUGGUGUGGUCCACCGCUCGUGUGCAGCAGCAGUAGAUGGAAUCCGCCGCGUGCCCGUGUCUGCCCGCACGGUGAGACCAUGGUCCCAGCAGCAGCAACAACAGCAACAACAACAAUGGGCAUCAUCGUCCGGCGAUGGACGCGGUGUGUCAAGCCGUAAAGCCCCCGCGCGUGAGUGUUGUGCGGGGUUGUCCGUUCGGCGGGUGUGUAGUGCAAUGAUACGAUAAUGGUAUUGGUGCAUGUCGCAUCCUGCGCCACUACGCUACUUACCGUUUGCCGUUGCUGUGUAGGAGGCGCUCGCAGCGGGGCAGCGUCGACACCGAGCCCGAAACAACACAGAAAACCAACGGCCACAGCGAGCGCGGUGGCGUUGUGUUGAUGUUGUUGUGUCCCAGCGGAGGAGGAGGAGGAAGGGGGUGUCCCCGGUUGGCGAGAAAGUGGGCCGACGACGUGUUUCCAUCGCCAGUUUUUGCCCAUGCAGUCGCCAAGACGGGGUUAGGAAGGAGGAAAUGAAUCAAACGGUCGUGCGUCGUGAAUUUCUGUGUGUGUGUGCGUGUUUUGUGCAUCGACAAACAAAUCAUUUUCACGCUUGAUGUGUAGCGAAGUAGUAGCAGAGUGAAGCAAAGAAACAGCAUCACAAACCCGCGAAAGUGGGGGAGGGGAAGGGCACGCACGCGAAACAAUAAUACCUUGGCUGCCGCCCCGCGCGCGCGCGCGCCUUUGUGAAUCCUUGUGAAGUAGCUUGACAACAAACAAACAAACAAAUAAACAAACGUAAAACCCGAACCACGACGCACAGUAGCGACAACUGCUGCAGUACACAGCGGGCGGCACAUUACGACAACACCUUUGGGAAGUUUGCCGCAAGCUUUGACAAACACAGUCGCAAGGACGUGUGUUUAGUUCGGGAAGCAGCAGCGAGUCGCUAGGUGGCAGCUUAACCGUCAAAUCUGUGCAGUGAAGCAACAAAGUACAACAGCAAGGAUAGAUACUGCAAGACAAUUCGGAACAUUGAUAUACUCCGAAAAACGAUAUUUGUAGAACGAGACAGACGAAAAGUACUGACAUCCAGUACACGGAACCGUCGACAAAAUUGCACCGUGAUCAUAAUCGCUUUCACAAUGGCGGACACUGGUAAAAGGAUGACAGUGUUGUCCAUAUAGUGUAGAAGUCGCCAUAAAGCUAAUCGAGCGCCUAAAGAAAACAGGUUGCGCCACCAGAAGAUAGGAGAAGCGAACACAAAAGCAGCAUUUAAAAAAAAAAGCAGAAAAUAGCAUAUAUACAAACAUUAGCCAUAGGAGCGAAAGUGCCAAGCCUUGAUGCGGCCCGUUCUGCCCAACCUGCACAGCUGGGGCAAGCAUGAUACCGCAAAAACAACCGCCGCCAGCAUCAUCAUCAGCAUCAUCGUCGUCCUCAUCGCCAUCGCACUGUCAACAGUCCGUGAAUGCUAGUGUCACCGUGGCCCACAGCAACAGCUCCAGCAUGACAACGACCGUCGUCGCCGUUAGCACCGGUCCCGGAACGGCAGCGACGGUCGGUCCAUCCUCCGGGACAACGACGACGGUAGCAGCGGCGUCGUCGGCCGCGUCCGAGAAACCCGUCACCCAGAAUGCGACACCACGGCAGCACCCGAAAAAGCGCAAGUUCGAUCUUGCCGAGCUGGAGGAAAUGGAAUCACAUCGGCCGGUACCGCCGCCCCCGCUGCCAGUUCCACCGGCCGCCACGCCCGCACUGUCGCCUCCGGGCGGGUCCAACGGAGCGAAACAAGCGACAACACAGCCGAUGGACACCGGAGGAGGAGGAGGAGGAGAGGAUGAUAGAGAGGCCGGGAAUCGUGGUGUGCUGUACGAGCAGUCUGCUGUCGCAUCGCCACACGCAUCUUCUACCGGAAACAUCGCGGUAUUUAAGAACGGCGAGCCAGAGGAAAACGGAAGCUUUGGUGCGUACCAUCAUCAGCAACAGCAGCAGCAUCACCACCACCACUAUGGUGCUACCAAUGGUAGUUUUGGUAGGGAAGGUGACAGCCCUGGCAACCAUCAUGCCACCGACGUACGGACAGGCAACAGCAUUUCCACGUAUGAUGCGCCUGUGCACCAUUCGGACCGAUCGCACCGUGAGCCGGUGGACAGUCGGGAGCGGAUCGUGAUGAACUCGGUUAGCCACCGGUCGCAGCCAAGCAGCAGUCCCAGUCAGGGCCCGCAACCAGCAAGUUCACCCGCAAGCAACGGUGCCACGGUGGUACACAACGCACACCAGCACCACCGUGGCAGUCCGGGCGCAAUGAUCAAUCUCACCUCCGUCCCGACCACUGCAACGCUGCUAACGAUGGUACCGGCCGGUGGGAAGGCUCACCAGCUGCAGCAGCAGCAGCGUUCGUCGCUCUAUCCGCAUCAGCUUCACCAGCACCAGCAGCUUGCGUCGGGGCGGCAGAGCCCGGGCAUGAUGAUCGCUGCCAGUAGUAGCAUAAGCAGUAACACUAACAGCAGUACCAGUAGCAUUAAUAAGUGUAGCAGUAGCAACAACGGUGCCACCUUGACCUCUUCCCCCUCUCCCUCCUCCUCCUCCUCCUCGUCCACCAUCGCCACGAUGAAUCGAUCUCAGAGCUAUACCAUUUCCACGAUCACGCUGCAGCCGCAGCCGACCGCGUCGACGGCAGCGUCACCGUCACCCGGUGCCAUCGAAUCAUCUAGCCAGCUGCAUCAGCAGCAGCAACAGCAUCCAGCGAUCGGACACAAUCGGCAGAUACUGCUUGCGGUCGAUCCUGCCACAAUAAGGCACCAUCAGCAGCAGCAGCAGCAGCAGCAACAAAUUUUACGAUUGCAGCCUUCGUCCGCCACACCGGAGGCGUAUUACGUGAGCAGUAAGAAGCUGCACACGAUGCCAUCGUACGGCUCACCGGGAAGCUACAAACCUUCCCCGACGCCGCCAUCGGCCGUUAGCAGCGGGAAUGCCACAUCGACACCGUCGCCCGUCCAUCACCACUCGGGCCCGACGUCGUUCUCCAUGCCGCAGCAGCAUCACUACCAACAUCAACAGCCGGGUCAGCAUUCCCAGCAGCAGCAGCAGCAGCAACAACAGCAGUUCCGCCAACAGUCACCACCGGCACCUCCUCCAUCGUCCUCGUCCAGCACCACCGCUCAGCUGGAGCCAGUUCAGCUUUCGGCGGCCAGCGGGCAGCAGCAACAGCAGCAGUACAGCACUGCCCCCGUUGCACCCGCUUCCCCACUGAUCGACCUCAGCGAAUGGAUCAAUCAUCGGGUGCUGGCCCGCCGGAAAGACGUGUACGACUCGGGCCGCAUACGGGCGACGGCCGCCCCAGGGACCGUGGUCAUUGGGUUUGACGCGCCUGAAGGCAGCCAUCAAACGUACGAAGGUGUGCUGGACGAUGUGCACCGCCAGCAGGAUAUCAUCGACGACGUGUGCCCGGCGCUGGCCGAUCUGCAGCCGGGUGUGAGGGUGUGCGUUAGGGCUACCUGUGUCCAUCCGCAUCCCGUGACGUCCAACGGGGGGGACGUGUUUGUCGAGGGCAUUGUGAAGGAAGUGCACGGCAACAAGAAGCAGUUUUCGGUGCAGAUUGCGGGCGGCUCGAUCGCAGACAAGCAGGAGUUACGAAUAGUGAAACGGGUUGAUAUGCGCCUCCUGAAACCGCCCUGGUGGGACGAGCUGGAAGAUGCGCUGGACAGCUAUAGCGGUGGCCACACGGUGUCGGCAGUAGAUUGUGGCUCGAGCCGGCGUAACACACUCGAUCAUCAUCAUCAUCGUUCCCAUGAGGGAGAUAGUAGCACCGGAAAGUUACAACAGCAGCAGCCACCCGCCAUAGUAAGCUACGUCCUAGCAACGUCGACCAACAGCGAACAUCAUCUACACGGCAGUGGUGCCGGAACAGCAGGACAGCAACAGCCCGCCGGCACUGCCGCCACCAUCAUCUACACAAGUGGGGCACCGUACAAAAACAGCAUCAGCAUAACGCAGGGUCGUGGUGUGGCCAGUGCCGGCCUACGGUACGAUCCAUCGCUGGGCGCAGCAGCGGCAGCAGCAGCCGGAACGAGCGAUCAACAGCAGCUAAAGCAGCAGCUCCAUGUGCCAUUGCAAUUGCAGCAUGUUCUACCAUCAGCAGGAGCAGGAUCGGGUGAAGAGCAACAGCACCAUUACCGCAGCGCUGCCACCUCACCAUUCCAGUCCGUGCAGCUCACGAUCGGCAGCGCUGCUACGGAUCAUCGUGAUCGGGAUGGGGUGGAGACCGCACACUACACCACUGCUGCUGGUGCUGGUGCUCACGCGCGCUCUCAUUCGCUGCAUCACGUGUCGCAUCCGGUGCAGGUCGGGAUGUCUCCAGCGCCGGCCCACAGCAGCAGUAGCAGCAGCAACAGCAACACGAUCGGCAGUGGAGCUUCGUCAGCAUCAGUGUCGGGUGGUGGUGUCGCUGGUGGUGGUCCUCCCAGCAGCUCAGUAUUAAGGACGCUCAGUCCGGACGAUCUGCGCAUCGCGAACCGCAGUUACGACAACGAGAGUGACGACGAAGUGCGCAGCAGUUUUCCCAUGGAAGGAGAAGCGGAAAAAUACUCAGGUAGCAGCAAGCGAAGCAGUAUGCAAAGCCGUGGAAGUACCUCAAGCUUACUGGACCAACGAAGUACACCUCGAUCUCAACCUGCAACCCCAAGAUCUCAAGCGGCCACACCGCACCGGUUCAAGAAGGGCGACGUCGUUUCCACGCCCACCGGCAUACGGAAGAAGUUUAACGGCAAGCAGUGGCGCAGGCUGUGCUCGAACGAAACCUGUUCGAAGGAAUCUCAACGACGAGGCUACUGCUCGCGGCAUCUCAGCCAGAAGGGUAGCAAUGCGCUCCGGUCGUCCACCAGCUCGGUGACGAAUCAUUUCAACAGUAGUCGAUCGAGCAGCAAAACACAGCUAGACGAGGAAACAUCUAGAGAUUCGGAAACUUCACCCCAUUACCGUGUGGCGGGACGGUUCGAUCAGGACGAAACGGAUGCGGCCAAUAUGCUGGUAUCACUUAGCAGUUCCCGCUCAGCGACACCGAGCAAUUCGUUCUCCUCGCCAACCGGGCACGGAUCGUCCCCGCUGGCAACACAAUCGCCGGUAAUGAUUGGCAACCGGCAGAACCUGUUUCUGCCGAUCGGCAGCCCGGCACCGUCCAACGAUCCGCACGGCAGUAUCGGCAGUGGCGGCAGCAACAAGUACAAAACGAAUACUCCGAGCCCGAGCCCAGCGCACGUCAUUGGCGGCGGUAUCGGCAUCGUUGGUAGUGGCGGGCCUGCUGGCAGCGGCCAUCACCAUCAGCUGAUUCGACCGGAGUCGCUGCGGCCAACGCAACCGGCGAGCAGUGGUGCCGGCGCUGCGCCACCACCGACCGGUCACGCGACCAGCGUUAUACGUAUGUCGCCCCUGUACUCCCAGCAUUCGGCCCAUCCGUCGGCGAUUUACGCCAGCUAUCCUGUACAUGUGGCAGGCGGUGGAGGUAGCUCAUCGGCGGCACAAACGAUUAACGCUUCUUCACAGCAACAGACUGUAAGUGUGGAAGCUGUAUCGUCUAAUGGCGUUGCACAACACCAACAGCAGCAGCAGCAUCACCAGCAGCCGUCGCAACAUCAACAGCAGCUACAUCAGCAACAGCAAGAGCUGCAGCAACAGCAGGAACCGCAAGAGCAACCUCACGCGCUGGUAACGACCAGUCGAUCGCAACCGAUCUCCGGUCCGGCACAGCACGUUGCGCAAUCAGCGUCGCCGGCCGCCCUCCACCAUCAUACGAUCAUACAACAACAGCAGCAACAGCAACAGCAACAACUGUCACAGACGACCUCCCAACAACAGCACACAGUGUUAUUAACCAGUCAACAUCAGCAAUCCUUAACCGUGCCAAAAAACGGCAUUAGCACGGGUUCCACCUAUCAAUGGCAUGCAUUGCUUCCGAUCAUAAACAGUCCGUCGGCGAUCGCCAAGAGCAACCUCCAUCCACAUCAUCAACACCACCACUACGCGCACAUGGCGCACUCGCAGGCCUACGGACCAGCUGCUGCCGCAGCAAACACCGCUGCUGGCCCACCAUCAUCAGCGGCAACGACGGCGGCGGUUGCCUCGCAGCAACCAUCGCCGAUUGGAAGCUCCUCCGCAACGACAGCCAAGCCGUCGUCGGCGGGCGCAUCCUCGAUGGUCAUCGUGCCGUCGAAGGUGUACUCGCCUACGCCACCGCCUCCUCAGUCAGCCGCCGGGGAGGAGAUGGUUUCGAUCGACGACGACGACCAGGGAGACGAUGAUGUCUUUGAAGCAGAGCCCGUGAAAACAGCAGUACCCAGCACGAAGAACUCUACCGCACAAGGUGGAGCAGGAGAGCAGACAAGCAACCGGUAUGCGGCCGGUAACGGUAAUAAUGGUAGUGGUGGUGGUGGUGCCGGAAGCCAUCAACUGUUGCGCGGCAUGGACAUAGAAGCACCGGUCACGGUCACGAACAGUAAGACAAGUUCGGCCGAGAGUGCCGAAUCGAUCGCAAAGCGACGAACGCAAUCAUGCAGUGCAGCGCUGCAGGCCGCCGCCGCUGCAGCGAACGGUGGCAGCAGUGGCGGUGCCGGUGGUGGCGGAAGUGGCAGCGGUACGCCGAAGGAACCGCAGAGUCCGCUGAGCAACAAGAAGGACGCUAAAAUACGGCGCCCGAUGAACGCGUUCAUGAUUUUCUCCAAGCGCCACCGGGCGCUGGUCCACCAGAAGCAUCCGAACCAGGACAACCGAACGGUGAGCAAGAUCCUGGGCGAAUGGUGGUACGCACUGAAGCCGGAAGAGAAAACCAAAUACCACGAGCUGGCGAGCGAGGUGAAGGAGGCACACUUUAAGGCACACCCGGAGUGGAAGUGGUGCUCGAAGGAUCGCCGAAAAUCAUCCUCCUCAGCGAAGGAGGGGAUGGUUGGUGGCGGCGUGCCUGCGUCCGGCAGUGGGCCGGGCGGGUUAGCAUCAGCGGGAGGUAACAGUGGCCGGGGCCGCAUGGAUUCUUUCGACGGGAACGAUUCGUUCGACGAACGAAGCCCCAAAACGCCGUCCGACGUGGCAAUGCCUUCCGUUGGGGGAGGAACGUCGACCGGGGGCGGUAACGGAAGCCAGGCGAACGAUAUCAUUCCACUGACCGUUGCACCGUACAACACAAUUGACGAAACACCCGAACCAGCGUCCGGUGUGAUGAUGAUGCUGCCACCGACAACGACGGCCAACCACGGAUCCGUGGCUUCGUGCAACACUGGCAGCCAACAUAAUCCGGAACCGAUGGUUGUCGAUGCGGCAAGCCGCUCCUCCUCGCCGUCCCACCAACGGUACGCCGAGCCGGAGGGACGGGAAAAGAACGACGAACGGAUGGAUAUAUCCAUUACCGAUGAGCAGAUGGACGAGGGGGGUGAUGUUGCUGAAGACGAUCAGCCGAUGACGAUCGCGGACGACGAGUCGGUACCGCGAAAGGCACCACCGUCCGCGCAAUCAUCGAACGAUGUGGCGGAGCUCGAUCUGAAAUGUGCCGAAAAGGUAAGCGACUCGGAUGUGGAAGACAUCUCCGGCAACGCCAAGGGCAAACAAAACCAUGGGGAGAUGAGCUCGUCUCAAUUUACUGCUAGUUCUUCCACCAAGGUUUCACAAUCGACGGUUUCAAACGACUACCAUCACGGCAGCAAUGGGGAUGUAGCGACAGAUUACUCCAUAAAAACACUGACGACGGCAGGCAGCAACAAUGGUGGCCAACCACCAACAACACCCGGUGGGCCCAAUUCCGCUUCGCUCGACAACUCUUCCACAUCGUUACUGACGUGCAAACCGAAACCAAUCAAAGCGGGUGCGAUUGGCAACAGUACUACUACUGUUACUACUACUACUACUGCUACUACUACUGGCGGAAGUAACACCGCUGGUUCCGGUGCAGAUAGCAAUGGCAGCUGUGGUGGCAACAACAGCGUAACUGCUGGAAAUGGGGCCAGCGGACAGGGCGGUACCAUGUACCAGCAUCAUCACGCGCAUCCUCACCAUCACCACCACCAUCCGAUCGGGUACGCGUACAGCAGUCCGAAGAACCCGGUUGGUGUUUCACCAUUCCAGCCAACAGGAGGAGCAUUUAAAACGAUGCCACAAAGUCCGAAAACCCUGGGCAAGCAGGAUCAUCCAUCGUAUUUGCUCUCGCCAGCGCCAUCAACGCCGACGGCGUCCACAAUUAAGAUGGAACCGGCAGAAAAUCUAACCACCAGCAGCAGCAACGGCGGUACCACCCGUAGCAAUGUCGAUACCAUCUUCAACUUCUCAUCCGCUGCCAUAAAGGAACAACAUCUGCAGCAGCAGCAGCAGCAGCCAAACUCGCUGUACCACGGUGGGAACGAUCAGCAGCAGCAGCACAAAUUUCUACUGGCCGUUAGCAGCAGCAGCAGCAGCAGUGUGGCAGAGCCAUUGUCGGGCGCGGCGGCCGCAAACUCAACGUUGACCGUUACACCGCCGAGCAGCAGCUGCUCCUCGGAGGGUGGGGCAAGUAGCCUCAGCAACAGCAGCACCAAAUGUAAAUCGCUGUUAGAGUUUAAUCCCACCAUUUGUUACACGAUCUCGAACGUUAACGGUAGCCAUGCGACCGCCAGUAGCAAUGCAAACCAUAAGCCUAGUACUAACGCAAUAGUGAUGAGCAUGAAGCAAGUUCUACCGGUGCCAUCAUCCUCCGCACCGUCGUCCGUUGCUGCAUUGCCCACAUCGCUGACGAUGUCCUCGGUUGCAUCGUUACAUCCGCUGCAGCAGCACCAUCAGCAGCAGCACCAGCACCAGGGCGUUGGCGCUACUGGCGGGUUCUCGAUGCUGUCCACCAUCAGCUCGGGUAGCGGCGGCGGCGGUGGUGGUGUACUGGCAAACACCGUCACCACCAACGCGAACAGUGCCACUGACCUGACGACGGUACUGCCAGCGGCGAGCAGCAGCAGCAGCACCACGACAACCAUCCUUGCAUCCGCCGCCAACCAGCGUCUACCGGGCCGGCAGAAGCUGAUGCUGUGUCCACAGUUUGCCCUAGUCCUUCCCGAUCACCAACAGUUUACGCUGACCGAUCGCUCUAAGAUUUCGUUCGCGAAUCUUGCCACGGCGACCAUUAAACCGGCCCAGGGCAACACUAUCUUUGCCGCUGUCCCCUCCCCCUCGUCCUCCUCCGCAUCCCCUUCCUCUUCGUCUACCACCACCGUCGCAUUUGCACUAACACCGUCGCCAUCCUGUUCCGCAUCCGCUACUACUAUCACUGGCGCAUUGCGGCCAGCCGGCAGCAACGGAACCAUCCAGCCGCCGACGGUGGCACACGUGAAACUAACCAACAUCCUUCCGACAACAGUAACACCACCUACUUCAUCAUCCACCUUUUCAUCAUGUUCCAACACCUUCACCACCACAUCACAUUCUUCUUCUUCUUGGUCGUCGUCGUCGUCCUCGGCGUCGUCGGCGUCGUCGUCGUCGAGUGUGCUAAUCAAAACGCAGUCGGCAACGGGCGCAAUCGUGCCGAAUGGUAUUGGGGCCACCAACGCUGCCGGUGGCGGUGGCAUUGGUGGUGGUGGUGGUACUACUACUACGAUUAACGCGUCCAUUCCCGUACAAUAUUUGAUCCAAGGCAAAAUACCGAAUCUUCUCAUCUCCACAACACAGGGCUACCCGGCACAGAUUCAGCAGUCGCCGCAUCACCAUCCGCAGCAGCAGUACGCCACGAUCAAGCAGGAACCGCCGGAAUCGCCCGGCGCGAAACACUUGCUACCGGUAACGCCCACAUCCAACACUGCCGGAUCGGUGUACGGUAGUAACAGCAACAGUGGUGGUGGUGGUGGCUCUACUGUGCCCUCUACGGGUGGUAGCAGUGGUAACGAACGGGACGCUUCGAAUGAGGAGGAGGACAUGGAAGAAGAGUACGGCGAGGGUGGCGAUGGUGGCACAGCGGAUGCAGCAGCCGCCGCAGAGAGCAAACAGUUCAUUCUGGCACCGACGCCGGCGCAACUAGGUCGCGCUCCGCUACAGCGGCGUCAGAUGAGCAGCGGCGGCUGCAAUAGCAACAGCAACAGUAACAGUGGUAUGUUGCAAUCGGAGCAGCAGCAAUCGGCGGGUAGCAACAAUGGUAGUAUCACCCAGCAACAGCAGCAGCAGCAGACACCGAUGGAGGAUGACGGUGGUGAUGAAACGGCGAACACGUCGAACGAACAAAACAGCCACCACGCGCAUCACCAGCACCAUCAGCACGCCUCGAUGCCGUCCGCCCUGCCGACACCGACGUCCGCCUCCAUGGAGGACUACCACAGCCAGAUCUCGCCGUCCACCGCUAAGAAAGCCUUCUUUCGCAAGGCGAAGCCCGACGAUAUGGAUAACGUUCUGCGACAGGUUGACUUUGAGAAAAAGUUUAAAACACUACCCCAGUUCAAGCCGGAAGAUUGUCACUCACCCAGUGCCAUUAUGGCGUCGUCACCACGUGUGUUCACGCAAAACUAUCGUAAAAAGCAAACCACGACUCACAAAACGCUGGUGCCGGAUGAAGAUCAGCAUAACAAUCUGCAUUCGGAUGGCAGUGCGCCUCCGCUGUCCAGUACUGCCACCCCGUCCAGCUCGUACGUGAUCGGAAAUCGAUUUUUCGGACCGGAUUUCAACAUGGAACAGUACAAAGAAAUGUCGGCAGAAAUGGGCCGGGGAGCGGUGGGAACUGGCGCCGGAAUGGGCGGCGGUCCCGGUGUUGACGAUCGUUCGCCCCGAACGCCCAAAACGCCAUCGCAACGGUCGGUCAAUUCGGCGGAAGAAAAGGGUCACCGGAAGAUACUCGAGCAGCGGCGCAACCUGGUGGUGCAGCUGUUCAACGAGCACGGAAUGUUUCCGUCAACGCACGCCACCAACAGCUUUCAGUUGGCACACAGCGACAUAUUUCCGAACAAGCAGAGCCUGCAGCUGAAAAUACGCGAAGUGCGCCAGAAAUCGAUGGCCCAGCAGCCAGGUUUUACGCCACAGUCCGCUGGUCCGAUCACUCCGACCGAAAUUAGCGGUGGUCAGUCCGAUAGCAACCAGCAACAUUCGUUGUUGCAUCAGCAGCAGCAGCAGCAGCAGCAUACUCAACAGACACAGCUUCAUCAUCAACAGCAGCAACAGGAACACAGCAUCAACUAACUCUACUCGAUAGUGUGUCGGACGAUAGGCUUUAACAGUUUAACAGUUAAAGGUAAGAGCCCAGAAAAAUAGCUGACGAGCUGGUUUCCUCGCGUUACGAAUGGGAUGACAAAUAGUAAGCACGAAUACACGAUAUCAUCAAAAUACAAAUCAUCAAUUACAAAUUAGCGGGAAUGAUGCAACAAAGCGACGGGAAGCGAAGGAAAGGUGAUAGUGGUAGGUGGUAAAAAUUUAAGCUGCUAAAAGUGAACGAAGUAAUAUUGUGUGUAAAGAGAUGCCAGCGCGCUCACCACACAUUUGCGUUUUGUUUCGUGUUCUUGCGCAUACAACCUUCACUUUCCAAACGGCAAAGCAUGGUUUGAGCGCGGACAAAAAUGUUCUUCCGUUUAGCGAUUAAUGAAUUGCCAGAGUUAUAUUAUAGCAAAAGCAGCAAAGCAAGUUGGUUGGUUGGUUACGAACUUUAAGAAACGAGAAAAAAAACGAUUUAGAUCGCAAACGAUGAAGUAAAACUUCAUAUCCGAGUAGCAAACUUCUUCUUAACUAUAUACAAAAACAAUAACACUCUUUUUCCCGCAAUCAAUGCCAAUACAAUAACGCUCUACAAUAGCCCCCAAUUAAUAUAAUCAUCCUUACAGCAAUAAUAGUGUCGCCAUUCCUCCUGCUAUAUAGUUGCGUUAUACAGCAUAGGACCUCAUCAUACGUACGACAGAUCGCAGUUACAUACAACUGGGGCGAAAGCAAACAUUUAUCGCUAUGUUUUGUUCUUCUUCUUCUGUUUUUCGUACUGCAAACAAAUCAUCUACAAAACACACAUUCGCACACACGCAUACAAUAGCUUUAUGUUAGGGAGCUGCUUAAGUACGUCGUUUCUUAUUUGUAUCCUUGGCUAAGAGCUGCAGAUUGAUGUGUAAAGAGAGAAGUAAAGCGCACGCACGCAAGAUGUUGCAACUGAAUGUGUCUGUUCGUAUGCACUGCUCCCUUGUAGGGACAGUUUUGUGGAACAAGCAGAUUCCUUAUUAGCUCUUGUUUGUUUAGAGAGGACUCCAGUUUAUUGUUUUCGUUUAUUCUUUAUAGUCUAUGCUUACGACGCCGCAGCUGGCAGCAACAUUCGCACUUGAUGUGUGAUUGUUCACAGUGCGCGGUGGGCAAAAGUGUACAAAGCAAGCAGCAAGAUCGUGAUGAUGAUGAUGAUGUUGAUUGUGUAAAUUUACUUUCUGUGAAGAAGUUGUGUGCGUGCGCGCGUGUGUAUUACGCCACACCGAAUGUGAUGUAGUAGAUGUGUAAAGCGGAUUAUAGAAAACAAUUGCAACAAUAUGCUAUGCCGUACAUUAAAGAAAGUAUAUCAUCCAAAAUGACAAGUAGCAAUCAUGUUUCUAUAAUUGAUUACGAGUAACUUGAAGCAAGCUGUUCAAUUGAACGAAAGCAAAGGAAUGAAACGAAAGUACUCACAAAUCGUCGUAAACCACGUACACACUUUUCGUGUAGACGGGGAAGACAGUCAGCCAAGCCAGCGCGCGGGAGGAUCUAUCCGGUGAUUUUAGUUUUAGUAAAUCCUUAUCAAAAAGGUAAUAGAGAAAGAGCAAACGCGUUCUAUAAAAAGAAGUUAUUUUCUCCCGAUUAUUAUCUUAAGUUGAGAAGAAAAAGAUGUCGGGGAAGGUAGAAACGAAAGAGAUAUACACAGUGAGGGCUAUGGAGCAAUAUAUGAUAUCAGUGCAAGCGUGCACGACACAUCUGGUUGCUAACAGCAACCGAAAGAGGGUGAACGUGGUCGCGUGUUUGUAAUAUACUGGACAUCACGGGAACACAUGGGAUGUGUGUGAGUGUUUGUGUGUGUUUGGAUCCCUUUUAGCGUCUUUUCCCCCCUCCAUUGAAUGAACUUGAUUAGAAACAGCAACAAAAGUAUGUGGUAUUUGUAUUAAUGAAUUGGAUGACAGAAACAGAACAACCCUAAAAAAAAGGGGCCGCCAUUAUUGUUUCCAUUGUUUUCACACAAUUGGUAUAUCACACAUUGUUUGUUUGUGGGUGUUUAACAAGCAAAAGUACAACAAAUAUACUGAUCGUAGUGAAAUUUGCUGAAAUAUAGUAAAUAUAUGGAGCGCAGCUUUUCCGUCAGUUCGUCCUGUGUGUAUGUGUGUUUUUGAUAAUCAAAUUAGAGGAAAUGGCGUACGUGUGUGCACUUUUGUAACCGAGGUAUUUUGCCUUUGAUGAAUUGAUACCAGGCACUGUAAGAAGAAAACAAGUAAGAUAAGCAGGAAACGCUGUAUAGAGGGCGUGAAAAGCGACCAGAGGAAGGAGAAAUGUUUUUUUUUGUAAGUUACAUUUCUAUGAUUUAUUACUUUUCGGGUUUCAUCAAACCAACCAUACAGAAAGAGUACAAACGUAUUUGUUUACACAAUGAACUAAAUUAUUCCAUCCAAAUUUGAUCGAUUUUAUCGAUACCUUCUGGUUCUGGUUAUACUUUUUCGUAUUAGUUUCGCAUUGCGCUUGUGACUUGUUAGUUCCUUUGUUCCUUUUUUCUCUGUUCUCUUUUGUGUUGCUACUCUUUCGUUGUCUCUUUACUUUCAAACCAUUUUGCUUAAUAUUGACAACAGCGGAAAUGGCUGCCUACCCUCAGUUAGAAUGCGCUCACGUUUUUACAUAAAAGUGCAAACAUAAAGAUAUAAUGUUAAAGAUAAAAAAAACACACACACACACGCACCCGCACACACAAACACAAUCCGACACGCUUUUUGGUGGGCCAUACGGAGGAAAAUGGAACAUGUGUUUUUCACUCUCCGGGUUUAUUGAUAAACACACACAACACGACGCGUGCACUGCUGUGUUGCACGUUUGUUUCUUUUUAAUUAGUAGCGUAAGAUCGAUAGAAGAGAAAUUAUGACCACACAGGACACAGAUAGACAAAGGCUUGUUAUGAGCGAAAGAAGUGGCUGGCGGCAGGAGGAACUGCACGUUUGUUUUAUCUAUUCUGUUUUUAAAUUCAAUUGAGAUAAAGUAAAGCCACAGAAGCAAAUGAAAUUGCAAAGUGUGAAUGUAUUGGUGGAAAAAAGGAAACAGGCUGAAAAAGGGGGAGCAGCAACAAACACAAAUGCGCGUGAUUGUGUGCCCCUGCAUUGUGUAGUAUGCAUUAUUGACACAUCAAGAAGAAAAAAUACAGGAUAAUGAAUGAUAUGUGUAAAGUGUGUGUGUCUGUGUGUGUAGAGGUAAACCGCCAUUUGGCUAUUAGCGGAACGAUGCGGAAACAAACCACACAGCAAAAGUAAAUCUAGUAAACGAGUGAGCUACUAGCAACCACCCCCCCUUCAGUAGUUGUGCAAUUAGGAUAUAAGAAGGACACACCACAAAAUGAAGCUGCAUUGUGAAAAGAAUUAUCAUAUUGUAUAUGAUUGAUUUAUAGUAGAAAGCAUAAUUACUAUCUAGCGACAGAGCAUGGGCCAGAGCGGUUGAACAUAUACGAUAAUACGAUGGUACAUUUGUUGAACGAGAAUGUGUGUGGUGCGGGGGGCGAAAUCCGCAUAUUAGCCAAACAAACACUCCCAGCACCCAGCACAAGUCUACAUCAUCAUUCUGCUAAUCCCAUCAUUCACGCCCCAUCCUCCUAUCCCCUAUCCCAUACAUUAAGCAACGUUCGGAAAAAUUAGGCAAAUCACAUUUACAAUUAUACUCUUCUCUACUCGUUCCGCGCAAUGUGUGGACGGGGUGGGGACGGAUGGGGGGUAUAUGUUGUGUGUUAGAAAAGUAGGUUUGAUGGAAGCCACCGUGGCCACACACGCACACCCAUACACAAAGAGACUCAACAAACGGGCGACGAUGCUCUGAUAAUGAUGAUGAUGAUGAUGAUGAUGUGCUAACAUAAACAAAAACGAACGAAUUUCUGAAGUUUUCCUCUUCUCUAACUCACGAUGCAAACAAACAAAUAAACAAACAAACUGGAAUGUUGUAUACACAGACACACAAACAAACAAACAAACAUGAACGAGCAAGUGAGAGAUGCAUUAUAUACAUAAUAAUAGUGGAAAUGAAAUGACAAAAUGAUCACACAAAUUAAAUGGUAAAAUAGAAGAAAAAAAUAUGAUAAAACAACAAAAAACAAAGAAACAAACAAACAAUGUUAAAAUGCCUGUAGGGCGACCUGAGAAAUGUAAACAUUUGAUAUACAACAAAAUGCGCACUCGCUAACUGAUAACAAAAAAGUAAGAGAGGGAAAGAAAGAGGGUAUAUAAACAAAUGAUAGCAUUGAAGCAUAGAAUUCCAACGCAGAAGCCGCGCAGCAGCACACUCUCCUCUUUAUGUUACGGAGUGUUGUGGCUCUAGUAGUGACAAUUUGAGGAAAAAAAAGUCCAUAAAAAUAACAUAUUUUUACCCCAAAACAAAAAUGGAAAGAAAAGGUUUGUGUUAGUAGUUAAAGUCGAGAGGCCAGGUGCAAGUGACACAAAAAAAAACUCCCAAAUACACAAAUGUUGAAGAAAA